UCUCUUGAUUUCAAAUUCAUGUAAUUUUUUUUCUCGCAUUCGAAUCAUUUACAUAGCUGCUUGUGUUAGUGGUGGUACAUAUACAUAUUAGUAUGUAAUUCUCCUUCCGCAAUAAGUUCCAAGAACGACUACGUAUUGUACGUUGUACCAUAUUUUCAGCAAAAGAAGAUAUUUGACAAAUCGUCAUUGAAAUCAUGUCGCAUCAGACAGGAAUCAAAGCGAACGACGCUCUUAAGAGAUUAUUUGCCAAGUGCCGUGAUGGCAAAAUACGGGUUUUAAAAGUUUCCAUAGAAAACGAGGAAUUAACAGCUGCUGCUUCCUCAAAGCCUACAAACAAGUGGCAAGAUGAUUACGAUAAACUGAUCAAGCCCCUGAUUGUUGAAAAUCAACCUGCAUAUAUUCUUUAUCGACUUGAUACUAAGUCUCCUGAUUCUGGCUAUGAUUGGUUGUUCAUAUCCUGGUCACCUGAUACUGCACCAGUUAGACAAAAAAUGCUUUAUGCAUCAACUAAAGCUACAUUAAAACAAGAGUUUGGUACAGCUUCGAUAAAAGAGGAAUUGCAUAGUACUGUACCAGAGGAUGUAACCCUGGAAGGUUACUAUAAAUACAAGAGAAAUGAUGCAGCUCCAGCACCGUUAACCACUGCUGAAGAAGAAUUAGCAGAGCUUAAGAAGAGUACAGUUAGCACAGAUUAUAGCGUAGAAACAAGACACCAAACAUUAAGUGGAGUAGCUUUUCCUGUAACGGAUGAAGCAAAACAAGCGAUUACAGAGCUAGGUAGAGGAGUUCAUGAGUAUGUUCAGUUGAAGAUCGAUUUGGAGGAAGAAAAAAUACACCUGGUCACAGCCUGUGACAUUUCAUUGGAUAAACUGCCAACAAAAGUUCCAUCGGAUUCUGCUAGAUACCAUCUUUAUAAUUUUAAACACACCCACGAAGGAGAUUACAUGGAAUGUAUUGUUUUUAUAUAUAGCAUGCCUGGAUACAGCUGUAGCAUCAAAGAAAGAAUGUUGUACUCGUCGUGUAAAGCACCUCUUCUAGAACUUAUUCAAUCACUCGGAGUAAUUAUAAUGAAAAAAUUGGAAGUAAAUAGUGGCGAAGAGUUGGCAGACAUGUUGGAAGCUCCUGCAACCAUAAAAGAAACAGCUGCUAUAACUCCUGCAACUCCGUCAACGCCCUAUGCCCCUACUCAAUCUAUACCAGAGAAAAAAUCAAAGCAGAAGCGAUCUUGUGUCUUGAGUUAACCGAUUCUAUGUACUUUGAUUGCCAUUAUUUUUUAUUACUCUUCAAUGUUAAAGUAUUUGUGAUGUCUUACAACACAUUCGAUAUAGCUUCCUCCAUAAAUUCGAAAUUUGUGAUAGUAUGUUACAAAUAUGUAGUUUUAAAAUGAUAUGAUGAGUUUCAGAUACAAUCCUCGUUGGCGUAAAUAUAGAUACGCUUGUCGUGAAACAAUUUGAAUGAAAAAUAUGCUACGUUUUAUAGAGAUAUGAAAACUUCUUAAUUAGCAGUGUUUAUUAAUAUUUAAUGUUAAUUGGCUGAAGUGAUACAUAUACAUACAUAUAUCUAUGUAGCGAGUCGAAGUAGACCGAGCAAUGUAUUUUUCUAAAUUUUAGAAACAAAAUUCUCGCGAUAAGGUCUUCUUGAAGCGCUUAUUGAUAAUUACAGACACAUAUUCUGGGUAAAAACGAUUGUCAUAGAAUGCAGGUUUCUGCUGAUUCAUGAGAAUACAGUAAUAAAUAAUCCUUCGUUUGUGCUGGAUGCAGUACUCUAAAAAUGCGAUGAGACUCAUUGUCAGUUGAAAGUGAAGCCUUCCACUGGAUUUUACACUUUUAAUUCCACAUAUUACAAUGAUCAAUUAUUAGAAUCUAUUAGAAUAUAAUUUUAUGAAAGAUCUUGUAGGGAUAUUAUCUUUGUAAUUACAGUUCCUUUAUUUUAUUUUAUUCUAUACAUUUAGAGUUUGUCACUCGAAUAUACGAAAAAAAAAUCCAGUGAGUCAACUGUGAGAAUUAGUUCCUAGUCCAAUGGAAAGUGAUAUGUAUCAUAAGUCUCGUUUUGUAUUAGUGAUUUUGUUAGGUGAUACUUGAAGGCUUGAUUUUCAAAUUCAUGCAAACACUUCUAUAGGAAUUAGCAAUAUAGAUUAGAGCGUUUCAUAAAUACCUAUGGUAACUUGCAUACCUUACGUGAUUUUUAAAGAGUUAGGGAAAAUUCCAUGUGCCCUAGCUAACUGACGCCACUCACCUAACUACUCUGCGUAAUUUAAAUAGAGAAUAAUAAGCAGACAAGUGAUAAAUGUGCAAACAUCA